AUGAUUGAUGCCUAUGAUGUGCUGGGGCUUCAGCUGGAUUGUAAAGAAGAAGAUGUUAAGAAGGCGUAUCAUAAGAUGUCGCUGCAGUACCAUCCUGACAAGGUGGGCGGUGGUGACGACGCCACGAAGAAGUUUAACGAGAUCAAAAGCGCCCGCGAGGUCCUACAAGAUAGCGAGCGCCGGAAGAUCUACGACACCUUCGGCACCGAUCUAGGAGAAGAGCGGCCGGAAUUGGAAGUUUGGAGCAUUGGCAUUAACACCUUGCUGAGCCCCUUCGGUGCCUUCAUCUUGAAGACGGUGAUGGCACGCCUGGUGCUUUGGCUGGUCGGCUGGGUCUGGAUCGGUCGAUUGUUGAUCCUCCUUGGCUUGGUGGCCGUGGUGCUCUACUUCGCCGACGCCAAGUUUGGGCAGUUUAGCGCGCGAUCGGAGGAGGUCAUGUCCUUGUUCGUGAACCUCUUCGUCAUCGACGUCGUGAUCGUCCUGAAUUGGCUUUGGUCCCUUCUCUCCGACACCGUUUGUGUCUUCUAUUUGGUCUCGGAGAUUGUGAGCCCCCAGUACUUCUUCGAGAGUUGGAAGAUUGCAGCCAUUGCGCUGGUGGCGUCCCUCUUCCUGGCCUGGCUCGUGCGAGGCUGGUGGCUUUGGAUCAUGGGCUUAGAGGUUGCCUUUGGCAUCGUCCUGCUGAUCGCUUUGACCAUCUCUUCGGGCAUCACGCGGCUGUGGAUUGACUCAGUCUUCACACAGCAUGGUGAAAAGCUCAAGGAGUGGAGGCUGCGGAUGCGGGAGAGAAGGAAAGAGAUGGAGGACGAGGUGGCCUCUUUAAAGAAGAAGCUUCAAGCCCUUGAGGAGGAGAAUGCGCAGCUCAAGAAGAAGAGCAAAGGAUGA